CCAGCAUGGUAUGUAUUUUUUUAGAAGCCCCUUAGGCUAGUGGCUAUGCCAGAGACCGCAAGAACUGACUAUGUCAUCAAGUUGUACAAAGACAAGGGUGCGUGACUUUGGUUUACCAAAGUCAAUCGUUAGUGACCGAGAUGUCCGAUUCACAAGUGAGUUGUGGAAGAAGACUGCAGAACAGAUGGGCAGUCAACUUCAGAUGACUUCAUGGAAUCAUCCCGAAGCCAACGGACAAGCCGAGCAAAUUAACAGAGUUGUACAGCACUUGCUGAGGCAUUACAUCAAGCCCAACCAGGAUGACUGGGAUGAGCAGUUGCCUCUCAUCGCCAGCCUGUACAACAAUGCUGUCCACAGCAGUACCGACGUUAGUCCUAAUCAGCUACGCUUGGGAUGGAAGCCUAGAUCAGCAUUAGACUUCCUCCUACCUGAAAACCGACCCGCUGCAACUCCAGGCACACUAAAGUAUGGUGUGCAGUAUGAGAAGUUGCUGCAAGAAGCUGUCGAGCACAUGAAGAAAGCUCAGCAAGCAAUGAUUGCUUCUGAGAAUCAACACCGCAGACAGUCCACAUUUCAGGCAGGGGAACGUGUCUGGGUCAAGACUAGUGAGUUAGGACAGGAAUUCGGAAGCUCUCGCAAACUAAUGCCUCAGUACUUUGGUCCCUGGGAAGUCCUGGAUAUAGUGGGAGAUGAGAUGGAUGGCCCCACAUAUGUCAUUCGUGUCCCUAGAAACCUACGCACUCACCCAGUCUUUCAUGCCUCAAAGCUUGCACCUUUCGCUGAGACAGAUCAAUUCCCUUCCAGGAGAUCGAUGCUGCCCCCAACCAUGCAUGGUCAAGUGGACAUCAACGACAUUGUGGAUCACAGGAAUAUGCCUGUUCCGAAGCCGCUGGGUCGAGGAAGACCUCCUAAACCCAAGAGAGAGUAUCGCGUCAGAUUCAGGCAUCAUACGGAUCCAAAAGAAGAUCGGUGGUUUACCGAGGAGGAACUGAUUGAGACAUCUCCUCAGGUGGUGGCAGAAUAUGAGAGACUGCUGAAAGGGAAGGCACCUGCGAA